AUGAUCUUUAAUAUCGCCCUUAGUUUGUUGCUGCUUGCUUCAUGGACACUCGCUGAUCCAUCGGUGCCUGAUCUUGAUUGUUCAUCAUUCACAUCAGACAAAGAUAUCAUUCGAACAUUUCCAUUUCGUGUACUGGUCAAUCCACCACCAUCUACAUAUCCUAGCUUCAGUAGUUAUGCUGUAGUUACUGAUCAAGGUCAAGUCAUAGAAUUGAAUUUUACGUCUAUAAGCAAUAUUCCAUUAUCUGUGUUCUGUUUGAAAAGUUUACGAUCGUUAUCUAUACAAUACGGAAGUAAUUUAGUUAUACCACCAGAAAUUGCGCGUCUGUCCGGUACUCUGAAAGUAUUUAAUCUAAUUGGUGUAUCUCGUUUAUUCACUCUCCCAACUGAAUUAUUUCAAGUUACUGGUCUACAAACUUUGACUAUUUUCGGAUGUGGUCUUGCGACUCUACCAGAAGAGAUUGGACAAUUGAAGUUUCUGAGGAACAUCGUAUUAAAUUCUAGUCAACUUCGAUCAUUACCGGCUAGCUUAGGCAAAAUGCUGUCUCUUUAUCGACUAGAAGUAGAUAACAAUGUUCUACUCACUUCGCUCAAUGCUCUUAAUGGAAAUCGACAAUUAAAUUGGUUGAGUGCAUCAGGUUGUGCUAUUGAUCAGCUACCAACAAAUCUAACAAAUUUACAAUAUAUUACAGCAGUGUCCGAAUUCCGUGAAUUACUAACUCAUGAGGAAUUCAUGAAUCCUAUUUUUCUCCUACAAUUACCUUUAUUCAUAGGAUCUUUAACAACCUUACUCUUAAACGCAAUCAAGCUAUUUAACAAAUCUGCUAAAUCCAAGGAACCCAAAGAACCCAAAGAAUCCAAGGAAUCCAAAGAAUCCAAGGAACUCAAAGAAUCCAAGGAACCCAAGGAAUCCAUGGAACCCAAAGAACCCAAAGAAUCCAAGGAAUCCAAGGAAUCCAAAGAAUCCAAGGAACUCAAAGAAUCCAAGGAACCCAAGGAAUCCAUGGAACCCAAAGAACCCAAAGAAUCCAAGGAAUCCAAAGAAUCCAAGGAACUCAAAGAAUCCAAGGAACCCAAAGAACCCAAAGAACCCAAGGAAGUCAAGGAACCCAUAGAACCCAACGAAGUCAAGAAACCCAGGGAAGCAUCUUGA